AUGAUGGAAAAUUCCUCUGGACAAUUCAUGUUUGUGCUUCAUGGACUGAACGAUACAAGGACAAACAAACAGAUUUACUUUGCAUUUGGUCUCUUGAUUUACCUUUUUACAAUGUUUGUGAAUUUUACACUGAUUAUUACAAUUGCUUUAGAUAAAAUGCUUCAUGAACCCAUGCAUCUGUUUAUAUGCAGCUUAUAUGUGAAUGGAAUAUGUGGUGCUUCUGCUUUCUAUCCAAAGAUUCUUGCUGAUCUUUUAUCAGGCUCUAAUGUUAUCUCAUAUAUGGGUUGCUUGGUACAGACAUUUACAAUUUACUGGUAUGCUUUUUGUGAAUUUACAUGUCUAACAGUGAUGGCUUAUGACAGGUAUGCAGCAAUUUGCAAGCCUUUGGAAUAUCAUUCUAUUAUGACACAUCAGAAGGUGCUAAAAUUGUUACUUUUCACCUGGCUCUUCUCCCUGUUGGAGACCUGUUUUGGGGCUGCGCUGACAAUCCGACUACCCUUAUGUGGUAGAGACAUCGACAAGAUUUACUGCUCUAACUGGGAGAUUGUGAAGCUAGCUUGCACAGAUGUGACUGUGAACAAUGUUUAUGGAUACUUCAUGGUGUUUUCUCAUGUUUCCCAAGCUGUGUUCGUCAUUAUUUCCUACAUUCGCAUCAUAGGAGCAUCUUUGAAAUCCAAGACGGAGCAGCUUAAAUUCAUGCAGACUUGCCUUCCUCAUUUAAUCACCCUCAUAAACUUCACCAUUUCUCUGGUAUUUGAUGCUAUGUAUGCUCGCUAUGGCAAAGCUCAGGAGCUACAAGCUCUGCGCAAUGUAUUGGGAAUUGAGUUUCUUGUUGUGCCUCCUCUCCUGAAUCCUAUCAUAUAUGGAGUAAAAAUGACUCAGAUACGACGCCGGUUUGUGCAACUGUACAGCCACAAACACAAAGCAGUGCAAUAA